AAGAAAGCAGUAGAGGCCAGCACUCACACUUUACUAAGACUCCCAGUGCAAGAAGGUAUGAAGAUCCUUUGCUGUCUAUUGGAUUCAACAAACUCCUGACCUUCAAGAACUUUUGAUGGCAUGGUGGGAACAGAAGCCACAUUGAAGGACAGGGAUAGCCAGCCACUGCCCCCUUUCAAAGGUGAACACAGUAAAAUUUACGACAGGUGUGCUAUCAGAUCCCAGAGGGGCAUAAAAGCAGGAGGGAGAGUGGUAAGCCAUCCAUCUGUGGAAGGAAGCCGGUUACUCAGAGGCCCCAGACACCUGUACCACUGAGGGAUGGAGCUGUGGCCAGGUGUUUCCCUGGUGGGACUGCUGCUGCUACUGGGACAAGGGCCCUCCCAAAUCCAUGGCUCUUCUGGAAAGAAUACACUGGAAUGGCAGCCCCAACAAGUGUUUCGGACCCUGAAGAAUUUUCCAUUCCCUUGCAAGCCAAAGAAGUUAAAAUUGAGUGUGCUUUCUGAGUCAGUGCACUCUCUGAAACCCUCAGACGUUAAACUUGUGGCAGCCAUCGGCAACCCAGAAACUCCUCCAGCCCCCGGCUCUGGCAUGGUCAACAUGGAGAAACCUCAAAGCGUCAAGCAGGAACCACAGAGUGUGUGCAUGGCAAUCAUGACAGCCCUUUCAGAUAUCGUCAGACAUUUCAAUCCUUCUGUCCUGAUGCCCGCGUGUUCUCCCGGGAAGGGUACUGCAGCUCAUACUACUGCUGAAGACUUGUGGAUUCAAGCUAAAGAGUUGGUGGGACGUCUGAAGGACAACCCGCAACUUGACUUUGAGAAGGACUGGAAACUCAUCACCGUGUUCUUCAGUAACACAAGCCAGUGUCACCUGUGUCCCUCUGCACAGCAGAAAAGGCACUUGACAAGGCACAUGGAGAUGCUGUGGGGGGUACUGGACUACCUGCAUCGUGAGGUCCCCAGAGCAUUUGUGAAUUUGGUGGAUCUCUCUGAGGUUUUGGCCCUAGAUCUUCAGCAUCAAGAGACUGGCUUCAGCCCUGCACCAGAGGUUUGCAAAUGCUCAGAGAAGACAACCAAGUUAUCCAAGGCUGUCAUGCAGUGGUCCUAUAAGGAAGCCUGGGAAGAUCUCCUGGCCUCCAGCAAGUUCAACAAGCGUGAGUCCUUCGCCGUGGUUUUCCAGCCUUUCUUCUCUGAGCUAGAACCACCCUCGGAAAGGUCCUCGCCACAGGAUCCUGCCACGCUUGCCCUCAGGAUCUGGAAUAGCAUGAUGGAACCAGUGGGUGGAAAGGAUGAGUCAAUCAAUGCCGCAGAGAGAAAGACAAUGAAAUGUCCCUCUCAGGAGAGCCCCUAUCUGUUCACCUACAGAAAUAGCAACUACCAGGCCAGACGGCUGAAACCCAUAUCAAAGCUUCAGAAGAAACGAGAAGGAACAGAGUUCACCUGUGUUGACAAGGACCCCUCUGACUCAAUCCCCACAACAGUUCACAGGCUGAGGCCAGCUGAUAUCAAGAUCAUCGGAGCAAUGGGUGACUCAAUCACGGCAGGCAAUGGGGCUGGGGCCAACCCGGGGAAUAUCUUCGACGUCUUAACGGAAUACCGAGGCCUGUCCUGGAGUGUGGGCGGAGAUGAGGACAUCAAAACCGUGACCACCCUAGCCAACAUCCUCCGGGAAUUCAACCCCUCCUUGAAGGGCUUCUCUGUUGGCACUGGGAAUGAAAACACUCCCGGAGCAUCCUUCAACCAGGCCGUAGCAGGAGCCAAAUCUGAUGGCUUAGCUGCCCAGGCCCAAAAGCUGGUGAACCUAAUGAAAGCAGACAAGACAAUAAACUUUCAGGAAGACUGGAAGAUAAUCACUGUGUUUAUAGGGGGCAAUGACCUCUGUGGCUCCUGCAAUGACACGGCUCGCUCUUCUCCCCAAAACUUCGUAGACAACAUCAAGAGGGCCCUAGACAUCCUCCAUGCAGAGGUUCCCCGGGCCUUUGUAAACUUGGUGAAGGUGCUUGAGAUCACCCCCCUGAGAGAACUGUUCAAUGAACCUUCAGUCAGCUGCCCACGGAUGAUCCUCAGGCGACUGUGUCCUUGUGUCCUGAACCUUGAAGAAAACUCAGCAGAACUUGCCAGCCUUGUUGAAAGGAACAGGCAGUAUCAGAAAGAAACUGAAAAACUGAUUGAGAGUGGGCAAUAUGACACCAGGGACGAUUUCACCGUGGUUGUCCAGCCCCUCUUUGAAAAUGUGACCAUGCCACGGACCCCGGAAGGCAUACCCGACAGCUCUUUCUUUGCCCCUGACUGUUUCCACUUUAAUGUCAAGCUUCAUGCCCGCUCAGCCAUUGCCCUCUGGAAGAACAUGCUGGAACCUGUGGGUCACAAGACAAGAUAUCAGAAUUUUGAAAUCAAGGCCCCUAUCAAGUGUCCAAACCAGGCCUGGCCAUUUCUGAGCACCACCAAGAACAGCAACUUGGGUUAUGGAUCCUGGAUGUUUUGCAGUGAGAAAGACCCUUCUGCCUCACCACCAACCUCAGUUCAUGCCCUGAGACCUGCAGACAUUCAAGUUGUGGCAGCUCUGGGAGACUCUCUGACUGCUGGCAAUGGAAUCAGCUCCCAAGAAGGUGAUGAUCUCACCACACAGUAUCGAGGACUGUCCUAUAGUGCUGGUGGAGACAAUACCCUGAAGAAUGUGACCACUUUGCCCAAUAUCCUACGGGAAUUUAAUGGAAAUCUCACAGGCUACUCAGUAGGAACCGGUGACGUCAAUUCUGCAAGCGCAUUCCUUAACCAGGCUGUCCCCGGGGCGAAGGCUGAGAACCUUACAAGCCAAGUCCAGACUCUGGUUCAGAAGAUGAAGAGUGACAAUAGAGUGAACUUCCACCAAGACUGGAAGGUCAUCACGGUGAUGAUUGGGGCCAGUGACUUGUGUGACUUCUGCACGGAUUCGAAUCGUUACUCUGCAGCCAAUUUUUUUGACCAUCUCCGCAAUGCCUUGGACAUCCUGCAUAAGGAGGUACCCAGAGCCCUGGUCAACCUUGUGGACUUCAUGGACCCCAAUAUCACUCGGCAAGUGUUCCUGAAGAACCCAGACAAGUGCCCCAUGAAUCAGGCCAGUGUCCUGUGCAACUGUGUUCUGACCCCAGGGGAGGAUUCCCAUGAGCUGGCGAGAUUGGAGGCCUUCACCAAAUCCUACCAGAGUAUCAUGCUCCAACUGGUUGAGUCAGGCCGAUACGACACCCGGGAGGACUUCUCUGUGGUACUGCAGCCCUUUCUCCUUAACACCAAGCUCCCCGUCCUAGAGAAUGGGAAUCCAGAUACAUCCUUCUUUGCCCCGGACUGCAUCCUCCUAAACCAGAAGUUCCACACUCAGCUGGCAAGAGCCCUUUGGGCCAAUAUGCUUGAACCCCUGGGAAAGAAAACUAAUACUUUGGACCCAAAAGGAUUCAUGAUUAUGGCCUGCCCGACCAAGAAUGAGCCCUUCCUGAGAACCUUCCGGAACAGUAACUACCAGUAUCCUACCAAGCCAGCCAUUAAGAACUGGGGCAGUGACUUCCUGUGCACAGAGCAGAGUCCUUCCAGCAAGGUACCCACCUCAGUUCAUGAGCUCCGACCAGCAGACAUCAAGGUGGUGGCAGCAAUGGGUGACUUUCUGACUGUAGCCACGGGAGCUCGACCAAGUGAGUCCAACAAUCUAGCCACUCCCUGGAGAGGGCUGUCUUGGAGCAUUGGAGGAGAUGGAACGCUGGAGACCCAUACCACACUGCCCAAUAUCCUGAAGAAGUUCAACCCUUCCAUCCUUGGAUUCUCUACUGGUACCUUGGAGGAUACAACAGGAUUAAAUGUGGCAGAAGAAGGGGCCAGAGCUCAGGACAUGCCGGCACAGGCUCAGGCCCUGGUGAAGAAGAUAAAAAGCACACCUACAAUCGACCUACAGAAAGACUGGAAGCUGAUCACUCUCCUCAUUGGGAACAACGACCUGUGUCUUUACUGUGAGAAUCCGAAGAACUACUCAACCAACAACUAUGUCAAGUACAUCCAGGAAGCCUUAGACAUCCUCUACGAGGAGCUCCCCAGGGUUUUUAUCAAUGUGGUGGAAGUCAUGGAGCUGGCUGGCUUGCAGCACGACCAAGGUGGGAAGUGUGCCAUGCCGCUGGCAGUUCAGAAAAACUGCAGUUGCUUUAAACACUCUCAGAACCUCAUAGCGACGCAGGAGCUGAAGAAACUAAACUGGAACCUCCAGAGUGACAUCUCCGAGCUCUCCUACUGGCACCGGUACAUGCAGCGUGAGGACUUCGCAGUUACUGUGCAGCCUUUCUUCCGGAAUACCUUUAUCCCACUGAGUGAGCGUGGAGGCCUGGACCUCACUUUCUUCUCUGAAGAUUGUUUCCACUUCUCAGAGCGUGGGCAUGCUGAGAUGGCCAUUGCCCUCUGGAACAACAUGCUGGAACCUGUGGGCUGGAAGACGACCUCCAAUAACUUCACAUACAACCGAACCAAACUCAAGUGUCCCUCACCGGAAAGCCCUUUCCUCUACACUCUUCGGAAUAGUGAGCUUCUUCCAGGGAAGACUGAAGAACCCUCCAAUGCACUCUACUGGGCAGUGCCAGUGGCAGCAAUAGGUGGCCUGGCAGUUGGCAUCCUUGGAGCGAUGUUGUGGAAAACUGUGAAACUCGUCAAACUGAAGGAAGAGGAGGAGAGCCUUCCAAAUACAAGUGUGGGCCCUGAGUUGAUACAGGAUACUGUAUAAGGGGAGAGGCUCAAAGAUGGGUCCUAGGUACUGGGCAGUAAUUAAGUAAUCUCAGGGAUGGGGACUGCCUGCCUUCCUCUCCUGGGAGUUCAUCAUCUCUUUUUGGAAAGAUAAACAAGAAAGAGGGGCUACACUCUGUCCGUGAUCUUCUGGGCUUAUGUUGAAACACUAUGUGGAGUUACCUGCAGACUAUCUGUAGUUGUUGAUCCAUUUGAAACAAAAGUGGGUCACAUCUUUAAACUUGGGUUCCAUUUUCAGGGUAUCUCAACUACAUAUAUACAAAUAUUACAUACAUAUAUACAACUACUCGAAAUGCAGAAUCCAAAACAUUCAGAUCAAAUACAUUGGAUGUUAGCAAGC